CCCCGCCCCCCUCCGGGCUCCGGCUCUGCUUGUUGAGCCCCUCGGGCCCCGCCGGGGCCGAGAGGGAGCGAGUGAGCCCGGUGGGAAGCGAGGGCGGGAACUGCCGAGCCUCCGGCCCCAACAGCAAAAACCGGGAACAUGGAAGAGAAUAAGCGAUCACUUCCUGCCCCUACUACUAUGUUUGCUGAUGGGAGUUUGAUCCUGUGGACUCUUUGCGCAGUGUUGGUGCCCGUGUUGAUCACCUUGUGGUGUAGCUUCCAGAGAUCCCGGAGGCAGCUUUACCAGAAGGACAUUUUCCGCAAGAGCAAACACACCUGGCGGGACACAGACCUUUUCAGCCAACCGACGUACUGCUGUGUGUGCUCCCAGCACAUCCUCCAGGGUGCCUUUUGUAACUGUUGUGGGCUGUGCACUGGUGAAGAUUGCCUCAAGAAAGCAGAUCGCCGGUUCCAGUGCAAAGAGAUCAUGCUGAGAAGUGAGAAGAUUGACCAGAAUGGCAUGGAUCACCAUUGGAUCCGUGGCAAUGUCCCUCUCUGCAGUUACUGUUUUGUUUGCAAGCAGCAAUGUGGUAACCAGCCUAAGCUCUGCGAUUACAGGUGCAUUUGGUGUCAGUGCACAGUACAUGAUGAGUGUUUGGAAAGCCUAAAGGAUGAAAAGUGUGAUUUUGGAGAAUUUAGAAGCCUUAUCAUUCCCCCAGGUUAUUUGAAUAACAUCAGUCGGAGGGGUACAGACAAAAAAACUGAUUAUGUUAAGUUGGCCGUACCCUUUGGAAUGCAGUGGACCCCAAUAAUUGUCCUAGCCAAUACUCGUAGUGGAAAUAACAUGGGGGAAGGCUUACUGGGAGAAUUUAAGAUGCUACUAAAUCCAGUCCAGGUUUUUGAUCUGACUGAAAUUCCCCCCUCCAAGGCCUUGCAGCUGUGCAUUCUUCUUCCUGAUAAUUCUUCUCGAGUUCUUGUGUGUGGUGGGGAUGGCACCGUAGGCUGGGUCCUGGAUGCAAUUGACGAAAUGAAGAUCAAGGGACAAGAAAAGUACAUUCCACAAGUUGCGAUCUUGCCUCUCGGAACAGGCAAUGAUCUAGCCAAUACAAUGGGCUGGGGCGCAGGAUAUGCUGGUGAAAUUCCGGUGGCACAGAUCCUAAGAAAUGUAAUGGAAGCAGAUGGAAUUGAACUAGAUCGGUGGAAAGUCCAGAUAACGAAGAAAGGAUAUUACAAUUUAAGAAAGCCAAAGGUGUUCACAAUGAACAACUAUUUUUCUGUUGGACCUGAUGCUCUCAUGGCUCUAAAUUUUCAUGCUCACCGUGAGAAGACGCCAUCCCUGUUUUCCAGCAGAAUUAUUAAUAAGGCUGUUUAUUUAUUUUAUGGAACCAAAGAUUGUUUAGUGCAAGAAUGUAAAGAUCUGAAUAAAAAAGUUGAGCUAGAGUUGGACGGUGAGCGAGUAGAUCUGCCUAAUUUGGAAGGAAUCAUAGUUCUCAAUAUUGGAUACUGGGGAGGCGGCUGCAGACUGUGGGAAGGAAUGGGAGAUGAGACUUAUCCUCUAGCCAGGCAUGAUGAUGGGUUAUUAGAAGUAGUUGGAGUGUAUGGGUCUUUCCACUGUGCUCAGAUUCAAGUGAAAUUGGCUAAUCCUGUCCGAAUAGGACAGGCACAUACAGUUCGGUUGAUUUUGAAGAGCUCAAAGAUGCCAAUGCAGAUAGAUGGAGAGCCUUGGACCCAAGGGCCCUGCACAGUUACCAUAACUCAUAAGACACGUGCAAAGAUGUUGUAUUAUACUGGGGAGCAAACCGAUGAUGAUGCCUCCAGCACAUCUGAACAGGAGCACACCCAGGAGACUGAAGCUACUGAUGAAGACAUGUGACUGUCUACACACGGCCAACCAGCGAGAGCUUAGUCCACUCUUCAGUUUCUUUAGAAUGUUGUCAGCACUGUUUAAAAAAAAAAAAGACAUUCUGAAGAAAGCUAAGCUUAUAGUUACUUGAAAAGGCUCAAUGUUUUGUUUCAGUGAAAUACUUCCAUUGUAUGCUCUUCAACUAAAAGUUAUAGGAAGUUAGGCCAUUUGCAAAAUGUAUUUUUUGUUCAUUGUAUGUUUUUCAAUGAGAGGGAUUCAUUCUUUUAAGUCUAUACUGUCUCAUUCUUUUUUCUUGUAGCAUAUGUCUGGUAUGCACAUUUUAUGUGUAUCAGGGUGUGAUCUGAAAAAAAUAGUUCUUUUCCUUUAUCAUUUUUUAGUUGAUAACAUUGGAACAUUUAAAAACUUAUCUAUUUUAUGGAAAUGCACUGAUUUAAGCUAGGACUGCAUGAAAUUAGACACUGAUAAAAAUGUCCAUUUACUUGGCUGCACUUUGUUUAACUGAAGAUUCCUGUAUCACCAAGUAGAGGGUUCAUCCACAAAUACUAAUUCUAAGGAAACUUUAAAAGGACUGCCAUUAAAAAAAGAUUACAUUUUAUUUUAGGAUCAUUUUCUGACAUCAGGCCAGAGACUGUAUUUUAAUUAGUUAACCAAUGAUGAUAACUUAAGAGUUUGGUUUCAGAAUCCCUGUAACAUUUAUAUAGCCAAAAAACACUAGAAGUGAAUUGGGGGGGGGGAAACUGUAAUUGAACACUUUGUAUGAACACUGUCAAAACUCACUGUCCAUUGAAAUCUGUGCUUGUCACUUCAUUCUCUUCCAGAUGGUAAUUUAAAGAGACAUUGAAAUUUAAAGGUAGAUUUUAAAAUUGCAAGUGAAAUGUGUUAAACAGGCAUUGUCCAAUAAGAAUAAUUGAUGCAUUUCACAUGCAGCAGCAAAUUUUAAGGGCAAAAUGCAGGAGUGUGCUAAAUAGGCAUUUUUAAUAUUCUUAGAUACCUUGAAAUAUAGUGUUCUUGAUGUUUUCCCAUUUAAAAAAAAUGAUGCAUAACUGUUUACAUCUUCUGAUUUGUUUAAAAUAAGAAAUAUAUGUGUAUAUUUUACUUAUUUAUUUGCCUGGUAUGUGCAACACAUAUCAGUUUAUUUAAUACACUGUGGUAGCUACUUCUGUUAGGUCGAAAUUUAUUGGAUAGAAAUUAAAUCCAGCCCGGUGACUGCUUAAGGAAAUCCAUAGCCUUUCCCGGGAUGGGAGACCAUAGCUUACCUAAAUAUUAUUGUUCUCCAAUUGUAGCCUUCCUAAAAGCUCAAAAAGAAAGAAUUAAAAGCACUAGCAAGUGACUUUUGGAUAACUGACACAUCUGUAAACCAUUGUUUGCAUUAUAUUGUGUUACUGGGCUCUUGCAUUUAUCUGUCUAUCCUGGCAAACUUGUUUGAGAGGACCGUGCUAAAGGACUGGUCCUAGAGUUGCCCAGGAGGGCAAUUUUGGCCCCAGCUGCUGCUCACAACUGCAAGCAGACCAGCCUUCUGGUUUUCCAUCCAGCCUCUUGUGUCCUGACAGUUUUUAAAAGAGGCACGUUUGUUUCUCUUUGCAUCAGCCUCAAAAUAUUAGGAACGUACCCCUGACACCACAAACACUCCUUGCUUCUCUUAAUAAUUGAACAAGUAUAUGUGUGUGUGUAAAAUCAGAAAUUUUUUAAAACCCAUUCUUGAACCUACUCCUAUUUCCAGCCCAGACUGUCUUUAGAGAAUAGUGAGCUACAUGUGCUUUUUUUUUUGUCCUAACUUUAUCUCUUCCAAGUUUCAAGGAGUGAGCACUGAUUCUGGUCUUUGGAGAUUUAGUGAAGGACUUGAUCAUGGUAGUGAUAGAAUUUCACGGUUUGGUUUUUUGUUUUCUUGAACAGAUUAAUCAUGUAUGAGUAUAAUGAAAUUAGGUGUAUGAUCUGAUCCAUAAUCAAAAUUCUAUCCGGGGCCACUAGCACAUUUCAUAUUUUCCUGUGACUAAUGCACAAGGUUGAAGCAUCCUUUUCCUGAAAUUCAUGGUGCAAAGAGUAGGGGCAAGGAAACUAGUUAAUUGAAUGUUUCUCUCAACACUGUCUCACAUCCAUAAUUUUCUCUCAAGCAGUCAUAGUCAGAAGUCAAACCACUGCAUAAAAUAAACUUUAAGAACUGUUCUUUAAGCAAGAUCACCUAGUGAAUUUUGAAAUAGCCCUACAUCUUAACUAGUUCAUCUGAAUUCAUUCUCUUUCCUCAUACGUAACAUUUUCCAGUGUCGUUUACACUGUCACUCAGGUGAAGAUUUUAAACAAAAUUUGUUGUUUGAAAAGUUGUCAUGGGAUGUUACUGUGUAUUAAGGAGGAAAAAUGUCUUACAAAAAGUAUUUUAACAAGGUAUGCUUAAGCCUUUGGACACACGGCAAAGAAGUAUAAAUGUACAUACAAGUGAACUUCACUUUAAGAAAAUCUGAUUAAGAAAGUCUAGAGUGGCAGAGCCUGGUCUUGAGAGCAGAAUUUGCAUCACAAGGAUGUUUCAUUUCACAGAACUGUUCACUGUGCACUCUCCUAGUUCAUUUUUUAAAAUGCUUUUAUAUACUUCCCUUCCUAAAAAAAUCAACUUAUAAUUUCUCAGUAAGAGAACAUUUGUGCAAAAUGAGUACAUAUCCAAAUUCCUGUCAUCUUUCACUGUCCUGAUACAUCCCUAAUUCCUAAUACAUGUAGUUAUUUGAAAACUCGAGGCACUCAUGCUUCCCUUUGCUGUGAGCUUUAGAUAAAUAGGACUAUAGUCAUUUAAGAUUUUUUUUCAAGUUAAGUUGGACUGUUUUUUUACAAAAGAGAUUAUCUGAUAUUAAGAGUACCAGCAGCUUUUGUUUUAUUAUCUGAAAUGUUUGUUUUCUGUAGUCAUUAAUGGUGAAUUUACUAACAUUUUUAGAAUUUUUAUAGUCAAAGUGGUUUAUUUUUGUUGUUUUAAGGUCUGUCAUAGAAAUGUAUAGUAAUUGUAUUUUGAAAUACAGUAGCUUACUUGGUAUUGUAAAAUACUGUGACUCAGAAGCUAAGUCCUCUUUGCCAUGUAAACCCCAAAACUACCAGCAUGUCAGAAGUGAAAAUGUAUUCCUUUUUUUGGAAAUACUUUACAGUUGUAAUAUAAGUAAAUUUUUUUAUUUUGAUAUGUAUUAUGAAAUUCUAGUAUUGCAUUAAAUAGAAUGACUUUUAAAGCUCUAUCAUUUUACAGAUUAACGUAGGUCUGAACGCAUAACUUUUGUUUGUCCCAAAUGAGCAGUGAGAGGGGUGAAGUUUCCAUGCCUUCCUCCAACACUGAAUGUUGAUGGAGGAGAGAGAAUCAGCACUUUAUUUAGAGAUAAACCUUUCUAGGAAAUCUAAGGAGAUAAAGAGUAUGGCAUAAUGGAGUUAAAAAAAAAAACUAAGCAGAAACUUAAAAGGAGGGAGGAAAUGCCCUUUUACUCCAGCCCAACCUCUGUAAAACUGCAUUCCCAAACAAAAAUGCGGAGUGUGAUUUGUUUUGCUUUGUAUUUUAAAGAAAUUGACAAACUUGCUGUUGUACUUGCCCUCAGGGCCUGUGUUCCCCAUAUCCUGUGCAGAAGAACCUGAAAGCACAUCAGGUGCACUUAAUUUGGUUGAAAAAACUGGCAACUUUCCUUUUUCCUCAAACACCAAAAGUGUUCUAAGACAAGGUGGGGGAAGGGGAAUGUGUUUAAUAGAAAACAUAAAAUAUUGUAUGAUUGGUAACUGGUGACUUGUGUACAGUUAUUUUUCGCUUCUCAUUCUUUUAUUUGCCCUUUGAUUUUUCAUUUAUAUUAAUGAGUUUUUUCUCUUGUUUUACUUUGGUUUUGUUUGAGGUUCUCUGGAGCAGUGGUGGAUUGACCACUUCCUAACGUUAUAUUUGUUGAGUAGUAAAGCACUGGUUUAAACCUCUUCUUCCUUUGUUCUAGUAAAGUGCAGAAGUGAUUCAUUUGUUUUCUAUUAUUUUUAGAUGUAUAAAUUAAUAUAUAUUUAUUUAUUUAAAAUACCACUGACUAUCCAUCAGUUAACUGCUGCAUUCUGCUUUUGUUAUGUUGGGUCUGUACUGUUGUGUUGUAUAAGACAGCAAAAAUGUGAAUUAAAACAUUUUAAUAAACUUUGGGCAUGAAUUACUUAUUUCUUCAGAAGAAUAAAACUAUACCUUAAAAAA